AUGGCUGGAGCUCGUCGACUUCAAUUGGCCGGAUUGGCUCUGCUUGGUGGCGCUUCCGCCCUACAGAUGCAGAUGCAGGUACAGCUACCUGAUCAACAAGCGCCGCUGAUUGCCGACGAAACGCCUCUCAUCUCGACAUCUCCGUUGACCACGUCGUCGUCGUCCUCCAAGAAGCCUUUGGUUGAAACCGAGGCUCUCCAGGACACCAUUACGGCUGACAACCUACUUGCGCGUGCAAAGGAGUUGUAUGAGAUUGCUAAGCUGGGAGAGGAGGAGUACAACCAUCCCACGCGCGUUAUUGGCAGCGAUGCUUCGUUCACGCUUACCAUCGAGAUAGGUCAUACCGGAACUUUGGAGUACAUUUACUUCAACCUCGCCAAGCUGAGCGACUACUACAAGGUCUGGAACCAGACAUUCCCCGCCGUCUCCGGCAAUGUCUUUGAGUCUCGUCUCGUCGUCGGCGAUCAGGUGCCCAAGUCCGCCUCGCCUAUGGCCCUGACGCCGCCCACCAAGAACAAGGAGCCUGUGCACGGAGACCUGGUGUACGUCGAGAACGAUGGCUGCGAUGCCUCCGACUACCCCUCUCAAGUGAGCGGCAACAUUGCCUUCAUCCGCCGUGGCACUUGUGCGUUCGGCGCCAAGAGCGAGCAGGCCGGCAAGGCUGGUGCUGUUGCUGCUGUCGUUUACAACUACGAGAGCGAGACCGUCCACGGGACGCUCGGUACUCCUUCUCCCAACCACGUCGCGACCUUCGGCCUCGGCGGCGACGAUGCCAAGCCUAUCCUGGAGAAGCUUGGCAAGGGUGAAACUGUGGAUGCCAUCGCCUACAUUGAUGCCGUCGUGAACACGAUCCAGACGACCAACAUUCUGGCCCAGACGCUCGAGGGCGACCAGGACAACUGUGUCAUGCUUGGCGGCCACAGCGACAGUGUUGCUGAGGGCCCUGGCAUCAACGACGACGGCUCGGGCAGCUUGAGUCUUCUGGAAAUUGCCACUCAGUUGACCAAGUUCAGCGUCAACAACUGCGUUCGCUUCGCUUGGUGGGCUGGUGAAGAGGAAGGCCUUCUCGGUUCCGACUAUUACGUCUCUGUCUUGUCUCCGGAGGAGAACCAGAAGAUUCGCCUCUUCAUGGACUACGACAUGCUCGGCAGCCCCAACUACGCCUACCAGAUCUACAACGCCACCAACGCCGUCAACCCCACCGGCUCCGAGGAGCUGCGCGACUUGUACGUUGACUGGUACAAGGCCCAUGACCUCGCCUACACCUUCAUUCCCUUUGACGGGCGCAGCGACUACGACGCUUUCAUCCGCAACGGUAUCCCUGGUGGUGGAAUCGCUACUGGCGCGGAGGGCAUCAAGACGAAAGAGGAGGCCAAGCUCUUCGGCGGCAAGGCGGGUGACUGGUACGACCCUUGCUACCACCAGCUCUGCGACGAUGUUGGCAAUGUCAACUUGACUGCUUGGGAAAUCAACACCAAGCUGGUUUCUCAUUCCGUCGCCACAUAUGCCGUAUCGCUCAAGGGCUUCCCUGAGCGCGCCAAGGCGUCUGCUGCUUCUACCUAUGCCAAGGACACCAAGUACCAUGGCAGCAAGCUAUUCAUCUAG